ACUCUCAUGGUCAUGUAGACCACUAAAUAAAGUGAUGCAUCUCAUUUUAGAGAGCUGUGAAUGUUCCUGCGUGUAUAUGGUGGUCGACCGAAAGGUGAUGUGGGGGCUUCUUGUUUCCAUGCAGACAGGUGACAUCUCUGAGGGAGGAAGUUCUGAUGUUCAUUUUCCCCCUUGUGAGUGUUUAUAAAAGUGCACAUUGUGGUGAGCUGAGACAAUACGCAUCAGACUCACACAAAGAAGAUGAAGUGUGUGUCGAUAACUCCUCUGCUGUUCCUGGCUACUGUGCUGCUUGCUCAAGUCACCUGCCAACAGUCUGGCCGUUCAACCUGUCCUUGUCUCAAGACGUCAAAAUGUGUUCUCCGCAAGGAAUAUAUCAGAAGUUACACAGUACAAAAAGCAGGUGUCUGCCAUAUUGAUGCCAUUGUAUUUAAAACAGCCAGCGGUUUUACUUGCUCCAAACCACAUUUGCCAUGGGUGGAAAGAGCCAUGAAAUUUGUGGACAAGAAGGCGGCGGCAAUUAAAACGACUGCACGUCCCAUAUUCUCCACAUCAACAUUUCAAACAACAUCAAUGCUGAACACAACAUCACACUGGAAUACAACAGGAUAAACUAAAAACUACUUUACCAUGGACUAUGUGAAUAAGUUAA